GGUAGAGAGAGAGAGAGAGAGAGAGAGAGAGAGCAUAACAGAGCCUUCCGAUCUAGAGAGAGAAACACAGCAUCCACACCCUUUUGAGCUACCUGACGAAAAGGGAAGAAAUUUUCGAUUUUUUUCCCCCAAGAAUGGCCUCGUUUGACGCGAUGAGCAACGAUGGCGAUUCCUACAUGGGCGGCUAUGAGUUCCCCGUGGACCCGCCGCCGCCGGGGGUCGCCGGGGAGCACGACAUGAUGAUGGGGUCAGAAGUUGGAGCCAGUUACGGUGAGGACCUCGGGCAGCAGUCCCCUGAUGUUUAUGGAUUCGCUGCAACCACGCCGAACCCGGACUUUGUGUCACCGUUCGAGGAGCCCGAGGGGGAGAAUGUGGCCGGGAAUGGGUAUGGGGCGGCGGAGGAGGAGGAGAACGGCGGCAUGUUCACAUCUGGCGGACCCGUCCUGCCACCCCCUAUCGAGAUGCUACCGGAGGAAGGAGCCGCUCUUCGCGAAUGGCGGCGUCAAAAUGCCAUCCAUCUUGAAGAGAAGGAGAAGAGGGAGAAGGAGAUGAGGAAUCAGAUCAUUGAAGAGGCUGAAGAAUACAAGCGAUCUUUCUACGAGAAAAGGAAGCUAAAUUGCGAAACAAACAAGGCUAACAACCGAGAAAGGGAGAAGCUGUAUUGGAUCAACCAAGAGAAGUUCUUCAAGGAAGCUGACCAGCAUUACUGGAAAGCUAUAGCAGAACUGAUCCCACGGGAAGUUGCCACCAUCGAAAAGAGAGGGAAGAAAGACCCCGACAAGAAGCCCUCUGUCCUGGUCAUUCAGGGCCCAAAGCCCGGGAAGCCUACCGAUCUCUCGAGAAUGAGACAAGUCCUCCUCAAGCUGAAGCAGCACCCUCCGCCACACAUGAUGCCACCCCCACCUCCCAAGGAUGAGAAAGAUGCAAAGGGAGGAAAAGAGAAAGAUGGGAAGGGAGGAAAGGCUGAUGAUAAAGACAAGGAAAAAGAUAAAGAUAAAGAUAAAGAUGAGAAGAGCAGCGGGAAAACAGCCAAAGCCGGAGAACCUGCUGGUGGUACUGCCACUGAGAAGCCAGCUUCGCCACCCAAAGAGGCUGGUGGAGAUGGUGCUGCUGCUGAUGGAGCAGCAGCGGCAUCUGCUCCUGCUGCUGCAGGUGAGGGAGAGAAAGCCGCUGAGCCAGAGGCAGUUGCUGCCGAGUGAUGAAAUUUCCCCUACCCCUGUCCCAAGGCAUCAAUUUAGGUUUACUGGGAUUCUGUUAUUUUUUCAUUAUUGGCAGUUACUCACUCUUUUGGAUGGAGAAUAAUAGAAGAGGUUCCUGUGUAGAUGCUUGAGAGCUGCAGCAUAUUACAAGGGGAUCAUCUUCCCGAUUUUUCUUUAGGUUAGGAACGAGUCGAACGACUUCUCCUCUAGGCAAACAUUUGCCAUGGUUUUUAACUUCCACAUUAAUUAGCAGAAGUUUUUGUGCUG